GCAAGGCUCCAGUACCGGCGCGGCUCACGGACGCGCGCGCACACGGACUGGGACGUGACGCUGGAGGAAGUCGCGUAACACAGCUCAUCUAGACUUCCCUAAGACUCCUGUAAGCGGCUACCUUUACCAGCGGGAGGCGAAGACACACAUACAGCCGUCACAAUUUUCACUCCCCGAUUUGCGGAUCUCCACUUUAAUUUCCUGGGGAAGAAAGUGAACGAGCGCGCGCCACUUCAGUGCUGGUGGAGGAGUGACGGGUGGCAUCACGGGGAAUGGAAGUGAUGUCUGUACCUGCAUGUGUUAUAUGUGUGGGACGUGGGCUUUGGGGAAAGGGAAUUUACUCCUAACAUCACAGAGACUGGCGCUCUGAGCUAUUUCUCAGCUAUUUCUGCCAACUGGCAACAUGAAACACACACUUUGGUGGAACUUGGCCAGAUUUACUGUGUUCUGGAGACUGGUACACACACAGGCUGGUCCAGAUGGGGAGAUCACAGCUGAGGAGCAAGUGCAGAUGCUCCUGGAUGCCAAACUUCAGUGCCUCCACACUGUCUCUACACAUGACCUGGCAGUGGACGUGUGCCCUCCAGAAUGGGAUGGUUUAAUCUGUUGGCCGCAAGGUUCCCCUGGAUUUCUGACUAAAGUACCCUGUCCCAGAUACAUCUAUGAUUUCAACCAUGCAGGCUAUGCCUACAGGAGGUGUGAAUCCAACAGUUCCUGGGUGCUUGGAGAGGGCUUGAAUAAGACAUGGGUCAAUUACACAGAGUGUAUAAAAUCUUCUGGGCCCAACAGAGAGCGACAGGUAUUUUUUGAGAGGCUUCACAUCAUGUACACUGUGGGGUAUGCAGUGUCCUUUGGGUCUCUUCUGGUGGCCAUCCUCAUCAUUGGAUAUUUUAGGCGCCUGCAUUGCACAAGGAACUACAUCCACAUGCACCUGUUUGUGUCCUUCAUACUACGUGCUAUAAGCAUCUUCGUAAAAGACCGGGUGGUGCACACCAGUGCUGGCCUCCAGGAGUUUGAUGCUGUGCUCAUGAAUAACCUCACAAACACGGUGGAUGUGGCACCAGUGAACACCUCUCAGUAUAUAGGUUGUAAGGUGACAGUCCUUCUGUUCAUCUAUUUUCUGGCAACAAACUACUACUGGAUCCUUGUGGAAGGCUUAUACCUGCACAGCCUCAUUUUCAUGGCCUUCCUGUCAGACACUAAGUACCUGUGGGGCUUCACUCUGAUCGGAUGGGGUGUACCUGCCCUCUUUGUGUCAGCCUGGGCAAUCGUAAGGGCAACAGUGGCAGAUUCCAGAUGCUGGGAGCUAAGCGCAGGCAACAUCAAAUGGAUCUAUCAAGUCCCUAUCCUGACAGCCAUUGGGCUAAACUUUAUCCUAUUUGUGAAUAUUGUUCGGGUGCUGGCAACCAAGAUCCGGGAGACCAACGCAGGCAGAUAUGACACAAGAAAACAGUACAGGAAGCUGGCUAAAUCCACUCUGGUGUUGGUGUUUGUUUUUGGUGUACACUACAUCGUGUUUGUGGGGAUGCCACAUACCUUCAAGGGACUCGGCUGGGAAGUGCGUAUGUACUGCGAGCUCUUCUUCAACUCUUUCCAGGGUUUCUUUGUGUCCAUAAUCUACUGUUACUGCAAUGGAGAGGUCCAGACAGAAAUCAAAAAGACCUGGAUGCGCUGGAACCUGGCCUUUGACUGGAAGGGUCCAGUAGUGUGUGGCACUUACCGCUACGGCUCAGUGCCAACGGGCCUCAACAACAGCACCAGCAGCCAGUCACACCUGGCCACAGGAGCACCUGGUACACGCUCCACCACUCUCUUCUCCAGUCGCAUAUACCGCAGCACUGGAGCCCCCUCCAUUAGUGCCCACAUGGCCCUGCCAGGCUAUGUGCUUAGCAACUCGGACGCUGACAGCCUACCACCAUCCAUUCCUGAAGAGUCAGAGGACAGUGCAAAGCAGGUGGAUGACAUUCUGCUGAAAGAGUCACUGCCUGCACUUCCCAGUAGCGGCCCUGAAGAUGAUGAAGAGACUUUGUAGAUAACAAUAUCUGGACCUGUGACAUAAUAUUGAAACAUUUCACAACCCAUCUAAUGAGAGGACAUUAUACCACAAGCCACAUCACCUUAGUUUACUACUGCUACACAUUUAAAAUAAGCUGGAUGACUGAAAACCUUCAUAGACAUGUAUAUGAUAAGGAGGAACUACUCCUUAUCUACUGCACAAUCAUCAUGGUAUUCUUGAGAUUGCUAAAAUGCAUGAGAAAUAAGGGUGAAAACCAACUGGAACCAACUUACACUCUUUUAAGACAAACUGUGAUCUGUUGUCACAUAGCUGACUUGUUGUUGUUGUUUUUUUAUAAAGCACCCACUCUAAUAAAUGGAGUUUGGGAGAAAGACCAUGCCUGAACCACUACAGUACCUUCUUCUUAGUGAACUUCCUUCAAAAAAGUUUCUUUUCCUCUAGUGAUGAAGUUUCUGCAUGGGGCUUCGCACAGACUGGACCACUUCAUCAGCCCCUUUCACAACCCAUACGACACCAUCUAACACAUGGAUCACAGAAAUCAGGUUUUGUGAAACCCCUCCUGAGUCAGGGAAGCCUUCAACCCAUAUGAGUUAUCCUUCAUCAUCCUUGCCCUUUGGUGAUUUGAAUAUACAGGCAGAGUCAUUCAAAAACACUGAUAAUUGAUCAGUUUUUUCAGAGUCAGUAAGAACAUCCCAAUUUGGGACCCUAAUGCCAUUCCUUUGCUACUACUAAUUCAAGUUUCAUCUUUCCCUAUUCCACUUUCAAAUAAAUGAUAAAUUAUUCAUGUUUAUUGACAAGGCAGUGAAAUUCUCCAAAAUUGUGAAUUCUUCACAGUGAAUAUAUCUUUAAUUCUAUUCAACUAAAAAUCAGAAAUUAUCUUUAUAAAUGUGCGUGUGUGUAUACUGUAUAUAUAAAAGGAGAGAAGGCUCCGUUAUACUAUAAGUAACACUUUGCUUAAGAGUGGUGUUCAUAAGGCUAUGUGACACCUGCAUUAGCCCUUCAUAUCAAUGGACAAACCUACAGAAAAAUUAAUUCAUAAAGGUUUUUUCCCAAAUGUCAGCCCUUAUAAAGACUGCUUUCUUCAGUUUAAAAGUCAACUGACAGAUUUUUGUCAGGGCUUAUAUAGGUGUCAUGUAGCCUAAUGAACACUAGCCUUAAGUAUUAGUGACAGCCAAAAAUAUAAAUUCAUCUAAUAAUGUUCUUUAUAAGAGCUGAAUUUUUUUUUUAGGUUUUGUCUCAUACUGAAUUUGGACUCACAUGUAUCCAGAGUAUUUUGAACGUAUUUGAAAAGACAACUUAUUUAAAACUUAGUGUAAGUAUUUUAUGUUAUUAUGUUUUAAUUUUGUUUUUUUAAGCUAUGGGCUAUGGCUGUGUGCCUCAGCAAGCUUGGAGGAGAAUGUUAUUAAUUCAUAGGGUUUAGCAUUCAGUGAUGAUUGAUCUUGGUUGUGUUCCGAAAUAGAUGUGAGCAGAUGAAUUGCUAUGGACCCUGGAGUGCUAGUACAUGAGCACAACAAUGCUGAAUCAACUUCUGUAGUUCUCUGUUCUGCAAACUGCUCUCCCAGAUGUUCCACUCACUCUAGAGCAAUUUCAGAUAUGUCAAACUAAAAUGCGAGUGACUAUCUUAAAAAUAGAGAUUCCUUUCAUAUUUAUUAUAUACAAUCUCAACCAAUCACAGCAGUUUCAGGAUUGCAGAUUGGUGAGACUUUGCAUCAGUGAACUCAGCUGAAAAGUGCAGCUAAGUGCAGCUUUUCUUGCCACUUUGUAUGAAAUACAAAAAAUAAAAAUAAAAAAUCACCUACCAUCCUUUCAGUUUACUUAUACUAGUCGUGUACUGCAGACAAUCACUAUACCUGUAUAAAGUAUUACACAAGGGCUAAGGACAGCUAUGGGCUGAACUGACUAAAUAUUAAUUAAUUCAUUCAUCUUCAGUAAGCACCUAUCCCAGGAACACUAGGUGUGACACAGGAAUACACCCUGGAUAGGACUUUAGUCCAUCGCAGGGCACCAUGCACACUCAAAUUCACACACUCAUUCACACUUAGAGUAAUUUAGAGUAGCCAGUCUGCCUCCUGUCUUGGGAUGGUGGGCGAACAUAGAGAAAAACCCAUGCUGGGACACUGGGAGAACAUGCACAGAAACUCUGUUAACUGAGUUCAUGAUGAAACCAUGGAACUGUGAGGUGUCAAUGCUACCCGCUACUCACUGACUAAAUAGCCAUAAAUAUUUAGAAUCAGAGAAGUCAUGUUCUUGGUGUAAUGUUUCUUUUUUGUACAUGCCAAAGGUCUUGGUUACUCGGCAUAUAUAAUUGCUUUGAUCUAUUGUGUAGAAGCAUGUACUAAAUGCUGAUCAUAAUGUGGUUACAGAUUAUUUCCUAUAUAAAUUUAAAAA